AUGUCGGAAGUAUCGCAAUCGCCAUCCGGCGGUGGGCGCUUUAUCACCAACGCCCUCGAGGAGCUGGGCCUCCUCGCUAUGUGGCAAUCGUCGCGCGACGUCAAGCUUCUAUGUGCUCAGCGAUUCGUGCGCCUAUUCGCCUACGGAGGCUCAACUUUAGUCCUUGCUUCGUAUCUGUCGGCCAUCGGUAUCGCAGAUGAUAAAAUUGGUCUUUUCAUGACCCUCACCUUGGUUGGGGAUGUCGCUAUCAGCUUUCUUCUCACUCUCUUCGCUGACUCCAUGGGCCGCAAAGCUGUCUUGGCCCUGGGUUCCAUUAUGAUGGCCUGCAGUGGCAUCGUAUUUGCGCUCUUUGGAAAUUAUUGGAUUCUCCUAGCUGCUGCCGUAUUCGGAGUCAUCAGUCCCAGUGGCAAUGAAAUUGGCCCUUUCCGUGCUGUGGAAGAAUCUACUCUCGCGCAUCUUACGCCGAAAGAGAACCUCAGUGACGUCUUCACAUGGUAUUCCUUGGUCGGCACGGCUGGUACAGCUCUCGGACAGCUUGUGUGUGGUUGGACGAUCAGCUCUCUCCAGUCAUUACAUGGUUGGGCAUUCAUUCCAUCGUGCCGCAUUAUAUUCUUCGUCUACGCGGGUGUUGGCACGGUCAAAUUGAUUCUCACCCUGGCCCUGAGCAGAAAGGUGGAAGCUGAGGAAGAGCAGACCGAGCCACAGCAGCAAGGCGAGACACAACCCUUGCUGGCGGACUCGAACGCUUCGCAGGAGCAAGCAGCACCGAAGUCCAGGAAAUCUACAUUCGCGUCUCUCGAUAAGGAUUUGUGGUCGCUCAUGAUCAGUUUGUUCAUAUUGUUCGGACUUGAUGCAUUCGCAUCCGGACUGGCCUCGCUGUCCUGGAUGACAUAUUUUUUCCGUCGCAAGUUUGACCUUCCCGAAGGUGAACUUGGUACUAUUUUCUUCUUCACUAGUAUCAUCGCCGCGGCCUCCAUGCUGGUCGCAUCCUCGAUUGCCAAGCGUAUUGGUAACAUCAAGACGAUGGUUUUCACACAUCUUCCAUCCGCCAUUUGCUUGUCACUUAUCUCUGUGCCAAAUAACCUACCAUUGGCCUUGACAUUCCUUGUGCUCAGGGCUUGCUCGCAGAGUAUGGAUGUGGCCCCGCGCUCGGCAUUCCUCGCAGCAGCCUUGCCAUCUGAUAAACGCACAGCAAUUAUGGGCGCAGUGAAUGUUGUCAAGACAACUACCCAGAGUCUUGGGCCGCUUCUGACUGGAAUCUUGGCCCGUAAAAAUAUGUUCGGUGUCUCAUUUAUUAUCGCGGGUUGCUUGAAGGUCAUCUACGACCUCGGUAUGCUCUUUACUUUUGCUGGCAAAGAGGCCGAAAAGAGGAAGCAAGCUACCCAGGAAAAUGACGAGGAGAGCCGAUGA